AUGGCCAUUUUCAAAGCCCUUGUGAUUUUAGGUCUUGUGAUUCUUGCAACGUCCGUAGAAGAAGCAAAUGGAGAAGUGCAUGGAAAAACAAGAAAGUUGAUCAACAUGGCUAACAAGAAAGGCCCUUACAUUGGGUUGGUCAUUCCGAACCUAUUUGAGAUGAACCCUCUUCUCCAACACCCAAGUUUUGUUCCUUCAAAUCUUACCAUUGACUAUGCUGGGAGGAGAUUCCGGUUUGGAACCAUCGAGAAGAAGCCUGUGAUCUUGGUUAUGACUGGACUGGCCAUGCUAAAUGCAGGCAUAACCACACAGCUACUGUUGAGCUUGUUCAAUGUGAAUGGGGUUGUGCAUUAUGGAAUAGCUGGAAAUGCUAACCCAUCUCUUAAUAUUGGAGAUGUUGCUAUUCCCCAGUAUUGGUCACAUACCGCUCUUUGGAAUUGGCAGAGGUUUGGAGAUGGUCCAGAAAAUGAACUGUCACUCGAAGUGAAUGGAGACUACACUAGAAAAAUUGGUUAUCUUAAAUUUUCAGAGUAUUCCACAAAGGUGUCUAGCUGCAAGAAACAUGACAAUCUCCUCAACAAUGUUUGGUACCAGCCUGAAGAAGUCUUCCCUGUUACUGGGAACCCAGAGGAGAGGGAACACAUUUUCUGGGUACCUGUUGACCAACAUUACUACCAAAUUGCUAAACACUUGGAGGGAUUAAAACUAGAAGGUUGCGUAAACUCCACAACAUGUUUGGCACAUACCCCAAAAGUGGCGAGAGUGGCAAGAGGAACAAGUGCUAGCAUCUACCUAGACAAUGCCGCAUAUAGGAGCUUCAUAUACAAUAAGUUCAAAGUGAGCCCUGUGGAAAUGGAGAGCGCCGCCGUGGCCCUUAUUUGCUACCAGCAAAAGGUGCCUUUUAUUGUCAUUAGGGCACUCUCUGACUUAGCUGGCGGCGGAUCUGCUGACUCUAACGAGGCCGCCACCUUCACCUCGCUUGCCGCCGACAAUUCCGUCAAGGUUGUGAUCGAAUUUAUCAAGUAUUUAUGA